UACAUACAUACAUUCAUUCAUUCUUCUCUUUUCCAUUUUUGAAUUCUCUUUCUCUCUCUCUCUCUUUCUCUCUCUCUCUCACCGUAUCAGACCAAACUGUCCACUUCAUCUUCAUCCAUGGCUGCUGUAUCUGCUACUCUCCCUCAGGAAGUGAAGGAGGAGAUUCAUGGAGAUGUGAAAGCAGUUGAACAAGCGGUUGUUGACACCGAUCCACCUACAGAGGAAGGAAGGACAGAAGUGAAGGAUUCAUCGAGUCCCCAUGAGGAAAAGCCAAAGAUCAAAGACUCAUCACCUGUUCAAUUACCAGUAACUGAAGAAAUAUGCCACCAAAACGAAUCUGAUCAACCUGUUGCCAUUGAAGAAGUUAAAGAGAACGUUGAGGAGGAAGAAAAGCCGACGACUGAAGUGAUCGUUGUGGAUAAAGAAACUGAAUUACCUACCGUUGAAGAAAAGGAAACUGAACCUGUAAAAAUCGAAGAACAAGUGAAGAAGGUUGAAGAAGAAGAAUUAGAAACCCCAACGACUGAAGUGAUGGCUCUCGAUUACGAAACCAAGAAUCCUGCAGUUGAAACAGAAGAAAAGAAAACUGAACCCAUUGAUGUUGAAGAAGUAAAGAAGACGGACAAGGAAGAAAAGCCGACUCCUGAAGUGUCGGUUGUUGAUAAAGAAACCGAAUCUCCUGCGGUUGAAAUAGAGAAAACUGAGGUUAAAGAAGCGGUAGCAGAACCUGUGGAGAAGAAGGACGAUAAACAUACGGACUGCUCAGUGAUUGAAGAGGUCGAAAAGAAGGAUGUCGAAAAAGAACCAGAAGCUGCUGAAAAGAUUGAGAUUCCCGUUCAGGAAGAAGUGAAGAACACUGGUUUGAAAGAAGACCAGAAAGACAACUUACCUCCAUCGGAAGAGAUAAAGACUGAUCCUGAGACUACUGCUGAAAAGAAAAAAGAGCCCAUAAUUGCUGAAGAGAAAGAACACAAACAAGAAGUUGCAGAUCAAGAUUCGGUUCCGAAAUCAGUCACUGAGAUUGCUGAAAAGAACGUAGAUGAGCAAGUGGAUGUGAAAGAAGCAGAUAAAGUGGAAGAUUUACCGGUAAAGACCGAAACCGUUGUGCCAAAAGAGAUCCCAGAAGAAAAAUCUACUGUUACUGAACAAAUUGAUAACAAAGUUGAAGAUGAAUCUAAAACUGUUGAGAAAAAGGAUGAAGUUGAAGAUAAAGAGGUGGAAAAUGGGAAAGAAGAAACUGUUGCAGCUGUUGAAACUAAGGGAAAUGGAGCAGAAAAUGAAACUGUGAAGGAAACAGUAGCAGAUUCUGAAAACCCUAAAGCUGUCAAUACAGCUGAAACUGCAGCCAAGGAAGAUGAAAAAGUAGUUGAUGAAACCAAAUCAACUGAAUCUAAUCAUAAGGAAGAAGAGAAAUCUGCAACUCCAAAGCAAUCGAGUAGCAUUAUGGGUAAGGUGAAGAAAUCAUUCAUAAAAGCGAAGAAAGCUAUAAUCGGGAAGAACCAGAACCCGAAGACCCCUCCUCAGGAAACCAAAGACGACGUGAAGGUUUGAUCACGAAAGACGAAUAUAUGGUAUAAGUAUUUGUUGUGCGAGUAUUAUUCUUUUAUUUUCGGUUUGUUCUUUGUCAUGUUUGUGCCUAUGUAACUGGCUUGAAUUUGUUUAGGAAGUAUGCAUACUGUCUUGGUGUGUAUGAUAGUUGGAUCAGGUUUUGAUUUCGGUUUCGGUCCUUGUAUAGGUUCGUCAUAUUCUUUUCAUCAUAGUCGAACUUAUUUGUUUCAUAAUAUGUUAAUUUGUAUUGUAAUUAUGAACAGAAAACAUGUUGGAUGUGAAUAUUUAUUGGUAUAAUAUAUAUAUACACUUUUUUGUA